GUAAACCCCAACCACUGACUCCUCCAUUUAAACAACAACAAAUAAGGCCAUACAACACUUUCUCUGAAUAUGCUAUUCUUGGGGAAUGAGGUGAUUGCAGUGGACUGGAAGGGCCUGAAGGAUGUCGACCAGAUCCACAUGGACAGCACCAGCUCGCUGCACGGGAGCAGUCUCCACCGGCCGUCCACUGAGCAAAGCCGGACUGAUUUCUCCUGGGACGGCAUCAAUCUCUCCAUGGAGGACACCACUUCCAUUCUUCCAAAGCUGAAGCGAAACUCUAACGCCUAUGGCAUUGGGGCCCUGGCCAAGUCAUCCUUCUCAGGGAUUUCUCGCAGCAUGAAGGACCAUGUGACGAAGCCCACAGCCAUGGGGCAAGGCCGGGUGGCCCACAUGAUUGAGUGGCAGGGCUGGGGGAAGACACCAACCAUUCAGCCGCAACACAGCCAUGAGGCGGUGCGCAGGGAUACCGACGCCUACUCGGACCUCAGCGAUGGCGAGAAGGAGGCACGUUUCCUAGCAGGUGUCAUGGAACAGUUCGCCAUCUCUGAGGCCACACUCAUGGCCUGGUCUUCCAUGGAUGGCGAGGACAUGAGUGUCAACUCCACCCAGGAGCCCCUGGGCUGCAACUACAGUGACAACUACCAGGAGCUGAUGGAGAGUCAAGAUGCCCUGGCUCAAGGCCCCAUGGAUGGAUGGCCUCACUCCUAUGUGUCCCAGGGCAUGUACUGUCUGGGGUCAUCGGAUGCCUGGGAAGCCAGCGACCAGUCCCUCAUUGCCUCUCCCGCCACGGGAUCCUAUCUUGGUCCUGCAUUUGAUGACUCCCAGCCUAGCUUACAUGAAAUGGGGCCUUCCCAGCCAGCUUGCGGAUACUCUGCUCAGGAGCCUCCACAUUUGCUGGGGUCAGACACGGACUGGGCUCCGGGGGUGGGGGGAGUGGACCUGGCAAGGGGCCCUGCCGAGGAGGAGAAGAGGCCAUUAGCCCCCGAGGAGGAAGAGGAUGCAGGAUGCCGGGACUUGGAGUCACUGUCCCCACGAGAAGAUCCCGAGAUGUCCACCGCUCUCAGCCGGAAGGUGUCUGACGUCACAUCCUCGGGUGUGCAAUCCUUCGAUGAGGAGGAGGGCGAGGCUAACAACUAGCUUCCCCCCACUCCACGCCCAGCCUUCCACUCCCACCUGAGGGGCACGGCUGCAACAAAACCCGCCCUACCCCAGCGGCACAGCUGAAACCCGGGCAGAAGACCAUGAGGUUACCCAGGAGUUGCCAGUCCUCGCUGGGAAAAUGGAGAGCCAGGAUGGGAUUUUACCCAGGCUUAUGCUAUAGAAACCACAGGUCCGGGAACUGAGGCCCAGACCACCAGAUGGCCCUGAACUUUGCUUGGCGGCAGGCUUCUGGGUCUGUAAUGAUGCGGCUCCCAUGUGGCGCCCGAGGACGGGAGCACCGAGCAGCUCGUGGUCGUCGACUGGACCUCAGUUCUUCACCCUCUGAUUCGUCUUCCAGGAGCCUUGACUGUGGCUGUGGGAAUGCCUCCUUUCUCUGUGUCACUCCUGCUUUUCCUGACUCUCUGUUUUCUCUGACUGUGGCCCCAGCUCAUCCCCACUAUGAGGAACAGACCUCGGGGGCUCUUGGUAUGGCUCGACGACCCAAAGUCGUGUGCCCUUGGAGGGUGGAGAGUCUGCCCUCAGCGAGAAAUGGGCUUCUGAGAUCAGGAGUCAUGGGGGAGGGGGAAGUGGCAGCUGGGAUGCACAGGGACACAAACGUGAUUCUCUGUAACAGGGCCUGCUCAGAGACCAGAAAGUCAUUGAUGAGACCGAGAACAAACAUGGCCGCCUGUUCCGA